AUGAGUGAGGAAUCUCUGUCCAUGUCUCUUUCCAGUGUUUGUGGAAGACGUCCUUUGGGGCUGGACCACGGCGGCAGCAUACGGAUUGUGGGUGGGAUCGAUGCCCAUCCGGGGGCCUGGCCGUGGAUCGUCAGCCUGCAGCUCCCGACGAUAACAGGGCACAAGCACACCUGCGGAGGCUCCCUCAUCACGGCCCGGUGGGUUCUCACAGCAGCCCACUGCUUUGGAAACAAAAGGAGUCUUCCGCACUGGCGUGCAGUGGUCGGCGCAUCAAAGCUUUCGUCGCUUGGCCCCGAGGUCCACGUGCGCUACAUCAAGCAAGUGGUGCUACACGAGGAGUACAAGCCAGGCAUAAAACUCAAUGACAUCGCCCUGAUGGAACUGGACCAACCUGUCACGUGCAGCAAAUACAUCCAGCCAGCGUGCCUGCCCGACAGCACCGUCCAGGUGUCCUCGUUGACCUACUGCUACAUCUGUGGCUGGGGCCAAACAGGGGAGCUGACCACCUGCCUUCCAUUCUCCACAGCUUCGCUGGGAUCAGAUAUCAUGCAGGAAGCGAAAGUCAAUCGCUUUUCCGUAGCGCAGUGCAACAGCAGCAGCUGGUACAACGGGGCCAUCCGAGAACACCACCUGUGUGCAGGAUACGAGGAAGGAGGCGUUGACAGCUGCCAGGGAGACAGUGGCGGCCCCCUCAUGUGCAGGGAAGAGACCUCUCAGCCAUAUUGGGUUAUUGGAAUCACCAGCUGGGGCCACGGCUGCGGCAAAGCGUACCGGCCAGGGGUCUACACCUCCACGCAGCACUUCUACAGCUGGGUGAAGGGCUGGGCCGGCCCCAUGCCCCAGCCACCUCCCACGCCUAGGGCCACGCCCACCACGCCGGCCCCAGCCCACACUCAAACGGAGCCUCCCUCAACCACCCCUCCCCCUCACCAUACCGAGACCCAUCCCCCUCCACAUACCAAGCCCCCUCCCCCACCCCAUACGGAGCCCCCUCCGCCACCACAAACUGAGCCUGAAACCUCACCUCAACCUGAGACAGAAGCUCCACCUCAACCAGCGUUUGAAGCCCCUGAGCCUGAAGCCUCGCCUCAACCAGAGAUCGAGGUCCCACCGCAACCCAACCCAGAACCGUCUCCCACGGAGCCCGAAGCCCCUGCACCUGAAGCCCCACACCAGUUACUCACUCUCCUGGAUACCAACAGCACUGUGGCUACUUUCUUUAAACUUCUUCAGGGUUUCUUGCGUACCAUAAGGAAGCAGAAAAGUGACGCAUGGCCGAAAUUGACAGAGGUGGAAGUCACAGAGGAAGCCAAUGUGGCUCCUCUCCAGAAUCCAGGGCAGCCAUCAGCCACGGCCCCGCCUGAGGAGGCCGAGGAGACCUUGCAAACAGAAGGAAAACCCCCAAGUACCUGCGGCGUGAAAAUCUGUUGA